UGGCCUAUGCGCGCUCUCAUUUCAGGUUUGGCCGGACAGUGGAGUAUUUUUGUUAAAAGUAGGGCUCACCACGCUUAGGCCGAAUGACGGCAACAGACUGAACAGUUUUCCAGUUGUUGUCCUUAGUUUGAAUUUCUGAAAUAAGUAGUUUAAGCUUUCAAGAAAUGGGUCCCGGAUAAGGAAAGAAUAUUCCAGAAACACCGUGGACUACGGGGUUUCGCGUGCGGGAAGGAGUGCAGCGGCCUACGGCCGUGAAGGAGCUUAGUAGCCGGGAGUAGCAGAAGGAGUCGCCGGCCAUUGUGUGUCAGGAACGGAAUUCUCACCAAACUGAAGCCCUGUCCCCAUCCCUUACUAGCCUUCCUGAUUCUGUUCUGGGAGAGUUCAGACCAGUAUCAUCGCCAAGAUAGCCGGGCCAGGCAGGAAGAGGCACACCUCAGAUCCAGACGCCAGCAGCGGUAGUGAUUCCGGCGACGGGCGGCCUGUUAGUGCCAAGUGCCUGAAGAUGGCCAGCAGUGGUGGUAGCGGUACGGCUGGCAGGGAGACAGUGGGCCGUCGUGGUGGGGCUCAGCUGAGAGGAGGCAGCGGCAGGGAAAACAGCUCAGACUUCUCCUCCAGUACCAGUAAGAAGAAGCAGAAGGACAGGGCCAAUCAGGAGAGCAGAGAGGCCAAGAGGGCAGCAGCUGCUGCAGUAGUAGAGGGGGUCAUUGCAGAAGUCAAGAGAGAUGUAUUUGUGGACUGGAAGCAGAAUGUCAACGAAGUGACUGUCAGACUGCGCUGUGGGGAGGGGGUGCAGAGGAUAGAGGAUAUCAACACUACCUUCACCGAUACACACUGCCAUGUGUUCUUCCCAGAUGGACGGCAGUGGAGCUGCCAGUUGCAGGAGGAAAUUGAGGCCUCGUGUAGCAGAGUCCAGUACAAGGAAAAGGGAGGUUUCCUACAUGUGAUCAUGCACAAGAAGAUUCCCUUUCACAUCUGGCCAUCGCUUAAGUCAAACAAGAAGGAGAAGGAGAAAGAGGCUGCACCCACAGAGACCAAAAAAGACAAAGAACUGGAGAUAAAGCCCGUUGCCUUGGAGUCAUCAGAAAAACCCAAACUCUCCUCGCCACAGCCACAACUUCAUCCCCAGCCUCCAUCCUCACCUGUACACGGCGAGUCGAGACGCAGCGGUGGCAAAGCUGAACGGGGUCUCAAGCGCUGUCUUAAAAACAAACCAGCAUGCGACAAGGCCACUAUGGACUCUGUAGGAGUGAAAGGUGGAGCUGGAGAAGGCUCAGCCCCCACCAGCAAGCCUGUUACUGUAACAAGAGGCGAGCAGCAGCCUCAGGAACCCAGUGCCAAGCGCACCAUUAUGCGGCUGCCCAAGAGCACUAAGGAGAGUACAUCACCUGCUGACAGGGACACACACUCUGUCAAGUCCAAUGGUAAAGCUCCACACACACAUCUGCCCGCUGGUCGGAGCCCACAGACACAAUGCAGGGAUGGAGACAACAGAGCAGAGAGACUAGGCAGUGGUCAGGAACAGAAACCUGGAGUUGCUGUUGCUGCUGCCAGCCAUACCAACAAAACUCAGCUGGCAGAGAAACAAAACCAGUCUUCAGACAGGUCUGGAGCAAUAACGCAUAGCAAUGAAAGCCAACUAGCAGCUCCCAUCAGCACCAGUGACUGCCUCAAACCUGUCGGCUUCAACAACGGAGUGGACUCUGCUUCUCCUGCAAGGCUGGGAGAUAGAACAGACUCUGAGCCAGAGAAAAAGCCUGUUGAGCAGGAAUCAGAGCAGGAUACUUUGGUCCACCAGCAGCUUGGAUCAAGAGAGACCGUACCAGUACCGACUGUAGGUCUGGCUGCCAAACAAGGCCUGUCAUCCGGUGUCGCCCAGAGGCAGGGCAGCUGUGAUGGUGAGGAGAAGCGGGACCAGUCGAAGGAGGAGCCUUCUCUGGAUAUUAAGCAACAGGAAGGUGUGUUGAGAAGGUUUUGAGAAUGCAGCAGUCUUUGUAUUAAAAUUGUUGUGCGAUCUUUAAACCAACUGCUGUGUUUCCGUGUGUCCUUCCGUGUGUCCUUCCGUGUGUCCUUCCGUGUGUCCUUCCGUGUGUCCGUCCGUGUGUCCUUCCUGUUUCAUACAGACUGUGGACCAAACACAGUCUUCAAGUGGCAAGUUAAACUCAGGAACCUGAUCCAGCCUGAGCAGUGCAGCUAUUCCUUCACCCCAUCCCGCUUGGACAUCACCCUGAAGAAGAGACACAGUCAGCGCUGGGGGGGUUUGGAGGCCCCUGCCACACAAGGUGCAGUGGGUGGCGCCAAGGUUGCCGUGCCCUCCAGCCCUGCCUGCAUGGAGAAGAGCCAGCCAGGCAGCAGCCAACACAGCCUCCCAGCCAAGGAGGAGCCUCCGAGGGUUGGGGAGGAGAAACCCAAGGCCCCUAAGGCCUCAUCCAGAGUGGAGGAUGGUGGUCUGGAUACCGUGGCUCCUCGCACGGUCUCUGAGCAUGUUGCUAUUACCAAGCCAGAGCCCACAGUUACUACACCUAAGCCUACCUGCAUGGUGCAGCCCAUGACCCAUGCACCUCCUGCCAGCAAUGAGUGUCACGAGGAAGAGGAGGAGAAGAAGGUGUGUCUGCCUGGUUUUACAGGAUUGGUCAACCUCGGCAACACCUGCUUCAUGAACAGUGUUAUCCAAUCCCUGUCCAACACCAGAGAACUCAGGGAUUACUUUCAUGACCGAGCAUUUGAGGCAGAAAUCAACUGCAAUAAUCCGCUGGGAACAGGAGGCAGGCUCGCCAUUGGCUUUGCAGUCCUGCUCAGGGCCCUUUGGAAAGGAACACACCACGCCUUCCAACCCUCAAAACUCAAGGCAAUUGUGGCCAGUAAAGCCAGUCAGUUCACAGGUUACGCCCAGCAUGAUGCCCAGGAGUUCAUGGCUUUCUUGCUGGACGGACUCCAUGAGGACUUGAACCGCAUCCAGAAUAAACCAUAUACAGAGACAGUUGACUCUGACGGACGUCUGGAUGAGGUGGUGGCAGAGGAGGCAUGGCAGAGGCACAAGAUGAGAAAUGACUCCUUUAUAGUGGACCUCUUCCAGGGCCAGUUCAAAUCCAAGCUCGUUUGUCCCACAUGCUCCAAGGUGUCUAUUACCUUUGACCCUUUCCUCUACCUGCCAGUCCCAUUGCCCCAGAAACAAAAGGUGCUCUCAGUUUUCUACUUUGCUAAGGAACCCCAUAAAAAACCCAUCAAGUUUUUGGUCAGUGUGAGCAAGGAGAACUCCAGCACUGGUGAAGUCCUUGAAUCCAUUUCCAGGAGUGUGAGGGUCAAACCAGAGAAUCUGAGACUUGCAGAGGUGGGGAAGAACCGCUUCCAGCGCAUGUUCCUGCCGCCCCACUCCCUGGACACGGUGUCCUCCUCUGACAUGUUGUUCUGCUUUGAGGUGCUCUCCAAAGACCUGGCCAAAGAGAGGGUGGUAUUGCUCAGAGUGCAACAGAAACUCCAGGUCCCUAAUAUCCCCAUCUCAAAGUGUGCCGCCUGCCUCAAGCCUCCGGUGUCUGAGGAAGACAAGCUGAAGCGGUGCACUCGCUGCUAUCGUGUGGGUUACUGCAAUCAAGCAUGUCAAAGGACCCACUGGCCCAAUCACAAAGGUCUGUGUCGGCCCAACACAGAGAACGUGGGCCUGCCCUUCCUGGUCAGCGUGCCAGAGACGCGACUCUCCUAUGCCCGCCUCACUCAGCUACUAGAGGGUUACUCCAGGUUUUCUGUCAACGUGUUCCAGCCUCCGUUUCAGUCAGGCAGGACAUCCCCUGAAACAUCUCAGUGCCGGGUAGACCUCCCCGCUAUGCCAGCAGGCUCACCUGAGGGCGUUGGGUCUGGGGAUGAGGCCAUGGGUGGUAGCAGUGCUGUGGGAGCAGGUGAUCUGGGGAGCCAGUCUCUGCUGCCUGAAACCCAGGGAGAGUAUGCUCAGGCCUCAGCCCUCCACUCUGCGGAGUCAGAUUCCCUCUCCUCCUCCCAGACCUCUCUCUCCACCACGCGGACUACAGAUUCAGGAUUCUCUGAGCCAGUCUCUACAACUUCCUGCUCCUCUCUGGACCCUCAUGCUGAAAAAGAGACGUCCUGUGAGAAGGCAGUGCGGCCAGAAGCUGCAGUAACAGGGUACCAGCAUCCAAGUGAAUCAGCAUCAGGUCAUGCUAGUCAGUUCUACAUCUCUCUGCUGGACUCUAACAACAAGGAACAGAGGCUGGAUGAGAAAGAGGACUUGCUUGCGGACCUUCCUGAAGAUGUGACCCUGGAGCUGGUGUGGAAGAACAACGAGCGCCUGAAGGAGUACGUCCUGGUGAGCUCCAAAGAGCUGGAGUAUGAGGAGGACCCCGGCUCGCUGAGUGAGACAGCCAGAGCAGGACACUUCACUCUUGAGCAGUGCCUCAACCUCUUCACCAAGCCAGAGGUGCUGGCACCAGAGGAGGCAUGGUACUGUCCAAAGUGCCAGCAGCACCGUGAGGCCUCCAAGCAACUGCUGCUGUGGCGUCUGCCCAACGUUCUGAUCAUCCAGCUCAAACGCUUCUCCUUCAGGAGCUUCAUCUGGAGGGAUAAGAUCAAUGACAUGGUUGACUUCCCUGUCAGGAAUCUGGAUCUGAGUAAGUUCUGUAUUGGCCAGAAGGAUGAGAUGCAACAACCCCCUAUCUAUGACUUAUAUGCGGUCAUCAAUCACUAUGGUGGGAUGAUAGGAGGCCACUACACGGCCUACGCUCGCCUGCCAAGUGACAAGAACAGCCAGCGCAGUGAUGUUGGCUGGCGUCUGUUUGAUGACAGCACCGUGACAAUGGUGGAGGAGAGUCAGGUGGUGACGCGCUACGCCUAUGUCCUGUUCUAUCGACGACGAAACUCCCCUGUGGAGAGGCCGCCACGCUUCAUCAGGCCUGUGGGAGCUGAGACGCCCACUGCUGCAGGAGCUACAGCCAGCCAGGCCUCUCUAAUUUGGCGGGAACUGGAGGAGGAAGAGGAGGGGUUUGACGAAGGCCCCCGUGGACUGUUCCGCUCUGCACUGUGGAGGCGACAAACACAGAGGAACAGAGAUGAGGAAGACGAAGACAGAACUGAGGGGUCGGUGCGACGGCACGGUGGGCAGAGGAUGUCGGACUAUCCCGACGAUGAUUGUGUGCGAUAUUUUGUUCUGGGAACACUGACUGCAGUGUUGGCUCUGUUUGUCAAUUUGGUCUACCCUCUUCUCUACAAAACCAACUGGACCUGAGCAGUGACUGGUUGGUGAAUUGCUUUGGCUGGAGCAUUCAGAAAUAUGAAUGUGAGAUUGUUCAAACAAGUAGAGGUUAGAUAUAAACUAGGGAGAAAGAAGAUUACGAGUCAAUACUUACACCCUCCUCUUGAAUAAGAACUGAGCUACUCAUCCAUCGAUCUUCAGCAAGUAAAAUGGUUCUCCAUUCUAUCCAAUACUGCAACACUUGACAUGGCGGCUCAACCCUUUAAUACUUUUGGCACCACUUCACACAGCAGAAGACACCGAGGGCCCAUGUAGAGUGUUUAUGUGACAGCAGAAGAGGCCCUGUCAUAAUAAUACCUUUUAGUUAAAGCUGCAGUAGGGUGAUUAUAACAGCACAUGGUACCGGUAUAUUGAGUGUGAACUAUUCACAACAUUGCCUCUGUGCAUUGUUUUGACUCUUGCUUCCAGUGCAUGUGUACUUUUCAACAAGGUUGCAGUUUUUAGAAUCACAUUUUUAACAGUAGUUCUCAGAUGAUCAGCUGUAACAGCCUUAAUCAUCUAAACCUAUAUAUGUAACUAUGCCGUUAAGCUGCAGUGUUCCUUAUUGACUUGGAAACAGUAGCUUGACAAGAAAAUCUUCACUCAAGGACCUGGAAGACUGUGAGACGUGGUUGAAAGCUCACAAAAACGCUAGUGCAUAAGUAUGUUAGUUAAGAUUCUUUUAGUGAAAGAAGCUAUAUAGUUGUACAGUAAUGUAUAAAAUGCUUAUAAGCUGAGAAAUAUGAAAGAAUGAUUCCAGUGCAAAAAUAAACUUGCUCUAGAGCAACACAUGAAGCCACUAUUAAAUGCCUUCUUUUGUUUUUAUUGCACUAAACUCUUAAGGCCGGUUUAUACGUCUGCUUAGAAUCGACGCUGUAUGUACGGCGUAGCUGUGCAACUUACACCGUAGCCGACGCUGUUGCAUGACAACAGUUGCAACAACUGUGAUUGGUCCACUCCCCCGUGUCUCUCAGUGGCCGGACAAGCACAGAAAAUUUAGCUUCCUUCUGCCUCAGUCAGUUCAGCAGCCAUACACACCAUCUCCUCCAACCUCUUCUCCUCUUUAAGAAAAGUAACUGUUGUUCAACAUUUAUUAGAUCCAGUUGCAACAUGGUCUGCUCAGUUUCAGUCACCAUCGAUUGAAGCACACGAAGAAACUCAACACAGCGGCAUAGAAACCCCAUCGCCAACUAGUGUUUUGGUGGUGUAAUUGCAGAGCAACACAGACACCAGCAAACAAGUAUAAAUGCUCACUACGGCAUAGGCUCUGCAUCAAUCCCACGCAGAAGUACAAACUGGCCUUUUAAGAGGAUAAGAUUGCAGCUUCCUGCAGAACAAAUGCAAGCUAGAUGAAUGGAAUAAGUCUGAGAAGGAGCACUUCAGCAGUGACUCAUUAUAAAUAUGUUAUAUCAUGAAGCAAAGUGUACCUUUUUUAGUGUGUGACCAAGUGCUGUUGCCUUUUCCAUGUCCUUACGUAGAACACACAUUGAGUUUUGGGCCUUAAAAUUGCUAUUUGUGUCCAGUUACUGUAAUGGUUUUUUUUGUUUUGUUUUUUUUUUUUGUUUUAAUGGCUUCUUUCAGCAAUAUGUACUAUACUUAACUGUAAUUUGUUCUUCUUCUGAUAAUAUUUGUGUUUUAGGUUUUAUUGAAAAGACUGUCACAACCUGUUGUUAGAUGCUUUCUAUUCAACUAAUUUAAGCCAUAGCCAGGUGAGGAUUUUAAGUUCUCAGGAUGAGUUGUAGUAAAUGAUGACAUCUUGCUAUGUGUCUUUUUUAAAGCCUACAAAACAAGAUGAGAAAUUGACUGAUGAUGCAGUUCGUUCACAGCCAAGAAACUAGAAGUUUCCGUCCACUUCUGAAUGUAACAUUUUUCAAGAAGGGCUUGCAGAGCACAGUUUGUCUUGAGAGGGAAGCUUCGGUGGUUUCGAUUAUGGACAGUUUUGGAGCUUUAAAAUAAUAAAUUUGAAGUUAACCUGUAACAAAAUACAGUUACACCUGUAACUCACAAAGUAUGUUAAUAUUGUCUUCUUGAAAUACUCUAUUUUUGAUUGAUGUUUACUGGUUUUGUUUUAAUUUGAAAACCCCAAAAGAUUUUCCUUAUUUCUUACAUACACCAUCCUAAAAAAUCUGAGGUGUUUUUUAACGUUUUUAAACUUCGUUAGACUCCAGACUGUCCAUAGGCGAUAUCUUCACUCUGCACUCGUUGUGAGUGACUAUUUGGGUCUCAGGGAAAUCCCAGUUCUCUUCUGGUAUCAAGGCAGUGCAGAGCAACCUAUGUUUGCCUUAAAUGCUCGGCAUAGCGUCGUGGGACUGUGUGUACUUGACUCAGACAUAUGCAAGACUGAAGUCCAUCUAGUUUUAAAACUCUUUAUAAGGCACAGCUUGUGCUCAACUUACACUACAGUGGUGAUGAACUUGAAAGUAUGAAAUCUCCCGGUACCCAAUAUAAACGGCAGUGAAGAGCGUUCAACAGAUAAACAGUACUAACACUCUAUCCUGACAGUUAAAUUUCUUGGGGUGUUUCAGGACAAGCUGUGCUGUUUUUACAACAUCUAAAUGCUGCUGAUCUGAUUUUUUUGCGAAGUUGACUGGAUUUAAAUCGACCUGACUGAAGGGCAAAACUAUGUAUCUAUAUGUGUAGUCCGGUAUAAAAUGUUGAUUGGAAAGAAAAAUCAUGACUUGUAUUUUAUGAGGAAAUAAUGUAAGGUCUGUCUAUAAUGUGCUUUGAAUCACUGCAUUGAUGAUAAAAUGAUUGCAAGUACUGUAUUUAAAAGACAAUUCUAGCCUACCUAAUUUCCCCGCAAUAAUGUAUCUAGAUACCUCCAUCUAAAUGCUGCUUUCUAAUACAUAAAGCGUUGUACUCCUUUUGGAAAUAAAAUCUCCAUCUGUU